AUUUGUUCAAUUUUAAUCUAAAAGAUACGUAAAAGAUUAUUGUAUGUCUCAUAGUCAUGUAACAAUUUGAGGAAUAAAUUUUUAAUUUUGGUAUGUCAUAUUGGUCAUCAAAAGAGAACCCAAAAAUGAAAGAAUGUGUGCAUUGAAAAACGAGAGACGGGCGCAACCAUUUCCAACCAUUUACCACCACCACCACUAACUCUAAGACUUCCAAGAAAUGGCGCCAAAGUAGGCAAAGCCACCGCCGAUUUCAAGAAUAAUGACGACGACGAGCAAUCUCAAAUUAAAACCACUGUUAUUACUAUCAUCAGAUCAGAACGGGGCCGGCCCUGGAAAAACUGAAACCGGUUCAGACCCCAACCUUGCUUUGGUUCCUUGGAAAGGUCGGGUCUUGUUGGAUUUGGGGGAUGGAAGUGAAGUGAUGUAUAUUCCCAGAUUUCUAGCUUACGAGGAUGCCUGGACUUAUUUCGACUAUCUCAACAAACAUAUUCCCUGGACCCGCCCUACUAUUCGUGUCUUUGGCCGCUCGUGUCCUCAGGUUCUAAUCAACAUCUGUUUUCCAUUUCCCUCUUCAAGUUUUAGCUUCAAUAUACCUAAAGGUCCCAUCUUUAGUGACUGAUGUUUUUAGGGUACUAAAGUAAUAUUCUUUGCUUCGGAUUGGACUAAAGUGUUCUGUAUAUGGAAGAAUGUAUUUGGUUUUGUUUUAUUUUUAUUUAUCACAACUUAUAAUGAGAAUUCAACAGCAUUUUGGAUUGACGCUUGUUUCAUGAUAGGCUGAAAAAGACCGUAAAAAAUCCCUGUAUGAUUAUGAAUUGUUGGCUUCAUUCCUAAGACUUGAGGAGGAGGAACAAAUUGGAGCCUAACUGGCAGCUCCCUACCGGAGGUUCUUUUUGUUUGUUUGAUUUGUUCGGCGGUGCUUGUGUUGUCCUUAUUCUGGAUUUUGGUUUAGUGUUUGUAUCUCUCCAGCUUAAAAAUUGUAAUCUUGGUUUAACCAGGUGUUGGAAUAUAUACGUCUUAAGUGCGCAAAUCUGCCCAUGUUAUUUUGGAUUUUCUGCUGGGUGGAUAUGAGGCUAUUUUCUUGUCCGAGAGAUGUGUGCUACAUUGCUGAGGAAGGACUGCCAAGUCUGGUCUAUAGCGGAUUUCAGCCUUAUGCACAUUCUUGGGAGGAGUUCCCUCCUUUGAAGGACAUCUUGGCUGCGGUCCUUAAAGCUCUUCCAGGGAGUAGCUUCAACAGCAUACUACUUAACAGGUACAAAGGUGGGAGCGACUACGUCAGUUGGCACUCUGAUGAUGAGAAAGUAUAUGGACCAACUCCAGAAAUUGCCUCAGUUUCUUUUGGAUGCGAACGUGAGUUCUUGUUGAAGAGAAAACCAAGCAAGGGUUUCCGAGCAACGUCCAAAGGAUUAUUAAUGGCAUCAUCAUCAGGAGAUGAACCUCCAAGCAAAAGGUCCAAAAAAGUUACAGACUUAUCAACUGACCAACAGCAACACGUGUUCACGUUAAAGCAUGGAUCACUUCUGGUGAUGAGAGGAUACACCCAGCGGGACUGGUUGCACUCGGUCCCUAAGCGCACAAAAGCCGAGUCCAUAAGGAUAAAUUUGACUUUUAGGCUGCUUGUAUCUUCAUCAUCUCGAUGUGAACAGAAGGGGAAGUGAUUGUCUCUGUUAACACGCUUGUGUAUUUGUACUCUCUAUCUAUAUAGUAAAUGUGAAGAAGAGUGCUUGUGGAGUCCAGCAAUUCUUCUGCUGCUGAAUCUGAAUCCUUCUGGAAUGGAAGGUUGUUGCAGUAUCAUAGUAAUCCUCUUCCAGGUUUAGGGUGGGUUUUUGUUUUCUUCAUCUGUCUACUCGAUGGGAUAAUCGUGUCAAACUUUCUCUUCUUAAAGUUUAUGAGUGUAAUCGUUAUGGAACUUCAUUUUAAAUUUUGGAAUGUAAUAGUCUAAGAAUCUUGCAGUCUAACACUUUUGUACUAUUGAGAAUCUGAAAAGGACACUUAUUUAGAAUUUCUUCAUUUUGCUAAAACAAAACUUAUUUUGAAA